GGUGUGGCUGCCUGGGAGGUCAGGCUGUCCAUACAGAGAGAGAAUAAACAGGAAGAGGGCAUGCUGGCUGAAAGAACAGGUCAGAGUUAAUGAAGCCUCCCAGGCAGGGUGCGGAGCGGAGCGGCUCCCUCUGUUUUUGUGUGCGUGUGAGUGAGUGAACCUGUCUCUCUUUAUUUUCUCUGGUCUGUGUGUGUCAGUGGCAGCUCAGUGUGACCGCCAGGGAGGCCAGUCCAGUGAUGAGCCCUGCUGACACCCGGCCCUGCCAGCCCACCCAACACCCAGCUAAUUAGAAUAAGCAGAGCCAGAGAGCCAUGUUAGAGUUACUAUCUGCAGACUGUAGAGGGACAGAGAGAAUAACAGGAAAAAACACAUAGGAGUAGCCCUUACUGUUUGCUGCAAUACCCUGUUAUACAGUAAUGCUGACUAUGGUACUGUAUAGUGUGAAGCCGAUUCAGGGUAGUGGUGCUGUCAAUUUAUUAUUGAGAUGAAUGAUUUGACCCAUGAAUAUCUGUUAAACCUCUUGUGAUUCAUCGUAGAUAGAGAACUCAAUUGGGCCAGUAACCAAAAGGUUGCUGGAUCGAAUCCCCGAGCUGACAAGGUAAAAAUCUGUUGUUCUGCCCGAGCAAGGCAGUUAACCCACUGUUCCCCGGGCACCGAAGACGUGGAUGUCGAUUAAGGCAGCCUCCAGCACCUCUCUGAUUCAGAGGGGUUGGGUUAAAUGCGGAAGACACAUUUCAGUUGAAUGCAUUCAGUUGUACAACUAACCAGGUAUCCCCUUUCCCUUCCUUUCCCAAUAUGAAUACAAGUCAGCAUUGUGGAUUAGAGGUAGCCCUUGACAGUACACUGCACUAGCUAUUAGUGUUUUAUUACCUAGCACUCUGUAAUCCAAGGCUGGUCUGUACAGUACUCAUGGACUCUUUGCGGAUAUAGACUCCCACCAUACACUUUUUGGUUGUUUUGGUGUAAAUGCAGGUCGUCCAUUUGUCUGCAUGUCCGUCCGUAUGUCCUGUAUUGUGUGCGUGACUAGAGACAGGACAGUAGCACGCCUGUGCUGGUCUGUCCUUUAUCCUACCUUGAGGCAGGAGGAUGUUCUGUCUUUGUUUAUGGGUCACCUACAUGGAGCUGUUUGUUCUGCCUGCUCUUCAUUUCUCUACUCCUCUUUACUUUGAUGCUUUUGUUGCAGUGUCCCAAUUGUGUUAGUUGGGGUUUUUCCAUCCUCAUCACAGUUUUGUCAAUAGUAUAGUUCAUUCAGCCAUUUAUCCCUGAGCUAGUUUUGUUGGAUGUUUUAUAGGAUUGCAGGAAAUGUUAUAAAAAUAGAGAUAAAGAAAAUGGAAGUAUACCUGACAAAGUCACUAUUGAUGAGGACUAGAAAUAGAUUCAAAUUACACAUUCACACUUGAGGGUUCCCCAAAACCAGUGGGCUGUACCAAUGUUAAUAUGUUCAACUCUACGGGGGUGCCACUGCCUACGUUAAUAACUCUAAUAACUAUGGGGCUCCCCAGCACGCUAGAACACCCCUGCUACUGGAACAAUUCUUAGAUCAACCACUGUAGCUCCUCGGCUGCUUGUUUUAACAAUGGAGCAUGACAGUCCCUUUGUGAAGCACCUCUAUUCAAUGUGUGUUUGUUUCCGCCCAGGCUUGAUUUGAUUCAUGUUUUGACGUAAGAUAUUCAUCCCUGCUGAGUCCCCUCAGACACAACAACAGUAUCAUCACUGAGGCACAGCACACAGCCACACACUUCUCAGAGAAUAACACUUCCCACUGGGCACAGACGUCAAUUCAACAUCUAUUCUACGUUGGUUCAACGUAAUUUCAUUGAAAUGACCUGGAAACAACGUAGAUUCAACCAGUGUAGGAAGAGAGGCAUAGAGACACAUAACAAAUUGCUACUACUAUUGUGAGCAGCACACAUUUCCUCAAACCAUAAAAGAGAGAGGCACAUAAAGGAACAAAAACCCAUUUUCCCCAAACGUUCCAUUCUCAGAAAUGCUUCUCCUACGGUAUGCAGCAUUUCCAAGGAUGGAGCAUCCUAGGCUUAGUUCCAUCCUAGUAAAUCUGACAGCAAUGUUUGUGUAUGUGCAUGUGUGUGUGUGUGUUGACUAUGUCUAAACGCCCCUGCAGUGACCAAUUAGACCACGGGUCCGUUCAGUCAUAACGUGACCAGUGUGAGUCUGCUCUGUGAGGCUGUUUCCUGUCCUCUGUUCUCAACACACUGACUGGCUGGGCUGCUGGGGCCAGGACUCAUCAAUAACUUAGUAUCCAGAGAAGACAGGGAGUCCUCUGUUCGGCACUUUCAUUCUGUAGUGUCCCUGUACUGUCCCUGUAGUGUCCCUGUACUGUCCCUGUAGUAUCCCUGUAGUGUCCCCCAUCGCUCUGACGUGCCCACGGAGUCUCCUGUGAUGUCACCGUGUGACCGUGCUAAUGAUGCCAGCAGCUUUUUUCCAUAGAUCCCCCUCCCAACCACCCUCCUCCGCCCAGUUCCCCUCCCGGCCCACCUGACAGUCCUCUGGUCCCAGGGCAGACACUAUCUGGCUGAGAGAGAAAGUGCGUCAGCCAGCCAAUUUACAGCAGUCCCCAGUGGGUGACCUCCAGGAGAGAGCUAUGAGACACAGGAAGGGGAGGAAGGAGGGGAGGAGGCAGAAUGUGUGUGUGUGUGUGUGUCAGGGGAGGGGGGAGUGUUGUUGGUGCGUGUGCGUGCGGCGGGUGUGUGUGUGUCCGUGUGUGUGUUUUGUGGGGUGUGGGGGUGUGUGUGUGUGGGGGGAAAAUGGAUUGCAAAACAGAAGAAGGGGACCCUGGCCAGACUCUUAUUUUCUACCCCAGACUGUUUCCCUGGGUUACUCUUGGGUGAAAAUCCCAAAACCCCCUGUACUUAUAAAAAACUCCCAAAAAUCAUACUGUUUUUCCUUUUCCACAGAGCAGGAAAAACUGACUUCUUCAAUGUAAAAUGGGCCAAAAAAAGUAGGCCAAGAAAUCAAUAAAACCCAUCUGGGGGCCCGCAGCUAGGGAAUUUACCUAAACCCCCCGGCAGCCCAUUAAGCCUCAAAGGGAUAUUUAAAAAAAUGGCUUUUUGGGGGGGAAACCUCAGGAAAAGAAAAGGAACCCCCCCAAAAAAACCCCUCCCUUUUUUUCUUUUUUUUCUUUUCUCCUUCUUUUCCUUUUUUUUUUCCUCUUUUCCCUCUCUUCCUUCCCCCCAUUUCCCCUCCUUUCCCUCUUCCUUUUUCCACCGUCUCUCCCCAGACGCUAUCCUUUCUCAUCUCUAUCUCGUUUCUCUUUUCCCCCUCUUCUUUUGUAUUUCUUUGUCUCCCGAUCAAAUCUCAAACUUUUAGCUUGAACAUCUCCCCGCCUUUCCAACAAGAAGAUCAGCCGAACCAGCUUGUCCCCACUCUCUCUUCCUCAGGCGGCUCUUUCCUUCCCCAGAUCAUCCUUGAUUACUCCUUUAUCUUACUAUGCUCCAUACCGUAUCCUCAUCAUCUACCACUCUUACUUUCUAUCAGUUAUCUCUCUAUCUACUCUCUCUCUCUCUCUCUCUCUCUCUCUCUCUUCUCCUCUCUUCUUCUAGAUUCUCUCCCUCUCUUCUCUUUCCACUCUCCUCCAGUCUUUGUGUGUCCGGGCACACUGCUGCGGGUGCAGGCGGCCAGCUCGCUGCAGGAGGCGGAGCAUCAGUCGGGGGCGUGGUGUAAGGACCCCCUGCAGUCAGGUGACCGGCUCUAUGUCAUGCCUUGGACUCCCUACCGCACCGACAUGCUGUAUGAGUACGCCUCAUGGGAUGACUUCAGACAGAACCGCGCCACCACCACCUACAAGUGAGCACCGCGACCCCCCCCCCCCCCCCCCCCCCCCGCCAGUUCACAUCAAAUAAUCCCUCUGCCUCUGCAUUGAUUUAUUUGAAUACUGCUGUAGAUGGAUGGUGAAUGGCAGUGUGGGUUCCAAUGGGGCCCUGUGGUGAUCUGUGGACCACUGGAGGGGCACCUCAGGGGUCGGUGUGAAGUCCAAUUAAUUUAGUGAAAUAAAUGUUUUUUCUUGUGCUCCAUGGGAUUGAGAAGUAUGAGAACCACUGGUAUAAUGUAUGUGGUCAUACUGUUGGUCUCUUUGGAUAUGUGCUUAUGGGUUGAGCCGGUCACAGCCCAAAAGCUCAUUGGUUAUUGCUUCUCUUGUUAUAUUCUGACCACCCACUUCUUCCCCUCCUAUAGGUUGCCGAACCGUGUUGACGGCACAGGCUUCGUGGUGUACGAUGGCGCCGUGUUCUACAAUAAGGAGCGCACACGCAACAUGGUCAAGUAUGACCUGCGCACACGCAUCAAAAGCGGCGAGGCCAUUAUCGCCAACGCCAACUACCACGACACAUCGCCCUACCGCUGGGGUGGGAAGAGCGAUAUCGACCUGGCGGUGGACGAGAACGGGCUGUGGGUCAUCUAUGCCACCGAGUCCAACAACGGACGACUGGUGGUCAGCCAGGUGGGUGGAGGAGAGGAGAGGAGGAUGAUGGGAAUAGAAGAGGGAGGAGAGUAAGAGGGUGAUGGAGGUGGAGUGGACAUUUCUAAGCUCAACUAAAGUCGGCCUAAUUGAUUUGUUUGUAUAUUUGAGGAGAGAAAAGGUCAUAAAUACACUUUUUUGUGUUUAUCACCAUAACACCAGGAUGGAAAGUUUAAGAAUCGGUGAUAUUCUACAGUUUCUUCUGUAGUUUGAGUAUGGUUACCUUCAUCCCCUCCCUCCUCCUCCCAGGUGAACCCGUACACCCUGCGCUUUGAGGGCACUUGGGAGACCAGCUUCGACAAGCGGCUGGCGUCCAACGCCUUCAUGGCGUGCGGCGUGCUCUACGCCGUGCGGAGCGUCUACCAGGACGACGACAGUGAGGCCGGCGGGGACCUGAUCCUUUACGCCUACAACACUAACCGUGCCCGGGAGGAGCCCGUCCACAUCCCCUUCCCUAACCCCUACCAGUACGUCUCCUCCGUGGACUAUAACCCCAGAGACAACCAGCUCUACAUCUGGAACAACUAUAAUGUUCUGAGAUACCCACUGGAGUUCGGACCACCGGACCCCACCACUGGUGAGUCAACGCAUAGAGUCUUGAGAUGUGUGUGUACAGUGUACCUUUAUUUCUGGUAUAACUUGUCCAUUGAUGUCAGUUGUAGUGGGAUAUUUGCACAAAUGCAAAACACCACCUGUUCGCCCACUUGUACUUGCCUUGCAUUUUCAGAUGAAUUAUCCAUUGUGUUUUGGGUGAAUAUUUUAGCUACGCAGCCUAGGAGAGAGAGAGAGGAGAGAGAGAGGAGAGAGAGAGAGAGCAGAGAGAGAGAGAGAGAGGAGGAGAGAGAUGAGACGAGAGAGAGAGAGAGAGAUGAGGAGAGAGAGAGAGAAGAGAGAUGAGAGAGAGGGAGAGAGAGAGAGAGAAGAGAGAGUCUUGAGAGAGUGAUGGUAGAGGAGAGGGAGUGGAGAGAGGAUGAGAGAGAGAGAGGGAGAGAGAGAGAGAGAGAGAGAAGAGAGAGGAGAGAGAGAGAGAGUAAGAAUUCUGUUACAGAUGAGACAGGAUCAGUGUUAAUCCAUUCCAUUUUGUUGGUUACUUGCGUGAGAGUGGAGGUCUGUCUAUUGCUCUCUCUCUCUUUGUCUCUCUCUCUCUCUCUUGUUCUCUCUCUCCCUUCUCUCUCUCUCCUUCUCUCUCUCUCUCUCUCUCUCUCAUCUCUGUCUCUGUCUUGUCUCUCUCUCUUAUUCUCUCUCGCUCUCUCUCUCUCUCCCCGCUCUCUCUGGAGAGGGUAGCUGAUAGGAAACACUAAAGGGUAAUAUAUAGAUAUAUUAAAGCUUUGAUAUACUCAAAAGUAGUUUGUGCCAUAAUUAUUAUCCUGAAAACUUUUGAACUGAACUUCUGAGAGAUAUGCAACAUUUAUGUGCCUUUCUCUCUUUUCUUCAUGCUCUGUUUUUGUCUUUGACUUUCUCUAUUCCCCUCUCCCAACUUUCAUUCUAUCUGUUUUAUUUUAUUUCCCUUUUUUUUGUCUCUCACUCUUUUUCUAUUUGAAUCUUUGACUUUAUUUUGUCAUCCUCAAUUAUUUGAUUUAUAAAUGUGCUUUAUUGUGUGUUUUUAAACUAAACUAAAUCAAUCCCCCCCCCCACGUAUCUCUCUCUUUCAGGCCCUCUGACGACCACUCAGGUGACCAGCACCACUCCAGCCCGACCCUUCACCUCCAGUUCUAGUCCUGCUACCACCCGCCCCCUGGCCCCCACCUCUCACCCCAUUGGCGCUAUCAACAAGGGCCCUGACCUGCGGCCAAUCACAGCUACCGUACCAGUCACCAAGCGGCCACCCCGCCCGCCCGUCCAUGGCCCGGAGCCCCAAGUGUGUGAGUCCAGAGUGGCCAGAGGGGUGCAGUGGCCCUCCACCCAGAGAGGAGAGACUGUGGACCGCCCCUGUCCUAAAGGAUCACUAGGUGAGGAUUGACCUGCUCAGCGGGACUAUCACUGUGUGUUUCCUAUGUAUCCGUGUGUGGUUAUUUGAAUUGGUGUGUGUGGUUGUGCGUGUGUGUGUGGGGGGGGGGGGGGGGGGGGGGGGGGGGGGGUUUGUUAGUUUUUGUACGCGCUCACGUACACAUGUGAAUACACAUUCAUAUGUGUGUGUGUAUUUCUGCGUGUGUGAGUGCACAUGUGGGUGUUUUCCAGUGUCUCUCUGUUUCAGUGUGUGUGUAUGUGUGUUUGUGCUACAGCUCUUGUUUUUCCCCUGGCUGGCUGUGUUGUCUCCCCCUCUCCUCUCCUGUCCCAGUGUUGGUCUCAGCAGCAGGGUCCCAGAGGACUCCCUCUACAUGAAAGCCCGUCCUUCUCUCUUCGCCUCUCCAAAUGAAAGAGUCGUCUCACAGCGGAACAGGGAUAGCCAAGUGAAAGUGUGGAAUAAUGAAAUGAAAGACUGAACAAAACAGGAUACAUCUCCCUUCAUGCUAGCUUCUAUAACUCCAAACAUGCAAGCAUAAAAUAUCCCUCUCUAGUUCUAGAAAAUAAUACAAUAUAUUUUACCACCACUUCCCCUCCAUCUCUUUUUGCUUUUCUGUGUUCUCUCUCUCUCUCUCUCUCUCUCUCUCUCUCUCUCUCUCUCUCUCUCUCUCUCUCUCUCUCUCCCCCCCCCCCCCUCUCUCUCUCUCUCUCUCAUCUCUGACAACAACAGUAACGCUAAAUUAACAGCUGGCUUAAUUGCCAUGUCUUGGCAGAGCUUUCAAACCCAAUCUGCGCUAGAUGGAGGAGAGGAGGGAGAGAGGGAGGAGAGGAGAGAGGGAAAGGAGGGCACAUGAAAUGCAACGCCACGUCUGCUCUGAUUCCUCUCCUUCUUUUGUCUCCCUCUCUCCCUCUUUUCUCUCUCCCUCCCUCUCUCUUCUCCCCUCUCUUCUGUUGUUCCCUGUUUGGAGCUGUUUGUGUAACGGCAGUGGAAAGACCCUUCCCUGGUUGAUCCCAGUGUGUUGUCCUCUCUCUGAACUCGCCUAACUAAACAGAAAACUUAGCUGAAAACGAGGGGUGGUGGGAGGUCCCUCCCUCGAGGUGUUAUUCUCGCAGAUGAGAGACGAUGCCUGAUGGCGCCGUCUUUGGUGUGUGUGUGAGUGGAGGGGUGUGUGUGUGUGUGGGGGGGGGGGCUGUAUGUUUGUGUGUGUGUGUGUGUAGCGCACGUUUGUGUGAAUUUGUGUUCCUUUAAAGCCAUGUACUUAUAGCCAACUCAUUUGAAAGCUACCCCUCCCUCCCUUCUCCUUCUUUCUCUUUCUGUCCUACACAUUAUUUCAUCUUUCCACUUCUGCCCCAUUUUCUCUCACACAUUUCCUCCUCCCUCCUCCCUCUCUUUUCUCUCCUCCGCCGAACCACUCAAAGUAUUGCAUAUUUAAAGUUAAUUUCAUUUUCUCUUUUUUAUCUAUCGUACUCUUUGCACUUUUCUUUUUGUCUUUAAAAUCUAUUUCUCUGUAAUUGCCCAAUACCUAAUGCUUAUUAUCUCUCCAUCCCUCUCUUCCUCCCUGGCCCUCCCAGGCAUCGCCUCGUUCCAGUGCUUGGCGGCUCCGGUCAUGUGGAACCCUCGGGGCCCUGACCUCAGUAACUGCACCUCUCCCUGGGUCAACCAGGUAGCCCAGAAGGUAAGACCUCCACCUCUACUAGUCCCUCUGUUGGGGGCCUCUGGCCCUGCCUCUGGCCCUGGGUGUCUGUGUCCAUAUGCACAUUGCCAUUAGCAUGUCUCCAAGGCUCUCCUGAUUAAAACCCAUCACCACCAUAUCACUAAGGUUUUCACUCAUUAGAAUGACUCAUUUCAACUACAUCCAUAUUCAAAUGCAUCCACUCUUCAUCCUCCAUUUUCUAUAGUUAGUCAUUCACCCUAUGGAAGGCCAGUAUGGUCAAAAUAAUGAAAAUACGUCUAUUUUUAUUGAGUAUAUUUAAAGUAUAUUUAAAGAUAAUGGAAUUACAAUAAUUUUUAUUGAGUCUACUCCGCACCCUCAACUUACCACUGUCAACCAGCAACCCCCAACACACACUCCUCAGUGUAGUACCUAGUAGUGGAAAUGUGUGUGUCUCUCUGUGUGUAGAUAAAGAGUGGUGAGAAUGCCGCCAACAUAGCUGGGGAGUUGGUGAACCACACACGGGGGCGGAUCCACGCUGGUGAUGUCAGCUCGUCAGUGCGUCUGCUGGAACAGCUGCUGGACAUACUGGAUGCCCAGCUUCAGGCCCUGCGGCCCGGCAACAAGGAGUCAGCCGCACGCAACUACAACAAGGUAGAAGACACACACAUGUGCAGACACACACCACAAACAUACAGAUAUACACGCACACACACACACAUACACACACACACAUUCACACUUAAACACACAGACAUAUUCACACACACUCACAGACAAACUGAACUGGGUGUUUAAAAAUGCACGCUAACAGACCCAUAGUGUAUAGAAUCCCUCUAGACUUGCAGUUUGUCAUUGACAUUGUCUUGGUAUUACAGUACAGUAUAGAAGUGUACAGUAAUUCUAUUGUCCUCCCUCCUCUCAGCUCCAGAAGAGAGAGCGGACCUGUCGGGCUUACAUCCAGGUAACUUUCCCCUUUAAUCCCAACACUUUAAAUGGGGACAAUAUCUUCUAGCCUACCAGUGUACUGACUACGGAGAAUCAUGUGGGAAAGAUAACCACUAGCCUAUAGUAUAUGUGUGUACUGUAUAGGAUUUCUUUAGGCUGAGAUAUAUCAUGUCAUGUGUUUAUAAUCAUUCUAGUUGCUGGUGGAGCGCAGUGCAAGUGGUGUGGUGUGUGUGUGUGUGGUGUGUGUGUGUGUGUGUGUGUGUGUGUGUGUGUGUGUGUGUGUGUGUGUGUGUGGUGUGUGUGUGUGUGUGUGUGUGUGUGUGUGUGUGUGUGUGUGUGUGUGUGUGUGUGUGUGGUGAGUGAGUGUGUGCAUGCACUGUAUGGCUGAUAUCUCUCUGUGGAUGCUUCAUUGAAAUGUUGUUGUAAUAUUUCCUCAGGCUGCUAGUUGCUUUGUAGUGUUCCUCAUGUUCAUAGUAUAUCUCUGAAAUGUGGGUCGGAGUAAUAGAAGAGAAGUAAUGUUUUUGUGACAUAUUUCGGCUAGGUUUCACUGUAAUGUUACUAUGGCUGUAUGAGCCUUGGCUGUGUAUGGUUCAGUAUAGUGUGAUAUAUCUGGCUAUGUGUAAGCGGUAAUUUGAUAGUAUGAAAUGAUCCUGUGUGUGAUAUCAUAGUAUGUAUGAUGUAUUUCUACAUAUGAAUGAUUUAUUUUAUUCUGCAGCAUAUGUGUUCCUUGACCUGUCUGUUGUGCAUUGGAAUAAAAUACAUACAGUGGUCGAUCAAUGCAAAGUAUGCUGUGUUGUAGUGUGUAACUAGACCGCCCUUUUUUAGCAUUGGUUGUACUGUAGCUUAUGAAGCAACAUAGGUGUAAUACACUAUAUGGUAAAUAUAUAUAGAAUGCUUUUAAUAGGUUUAGUGUAAGGGAAAAUGUAUGGUGAUUGUGUAAAGAGCAGAGAAGUGUAACUGUAAUUCUCUCCCUUCCACUGUAAAAUGGAGAAUAAUCAUUUGACCCUGCACGUGUCAUAUAGGCCUGUAUAGUACAAGAGAAUCACACAAUGAAUCAAACAUGUAGGCUUGUAUAGUACAAGAGAAUCACACAAUGAAUCAAACAUACAGGCCUGUAUAGUGCAAGAGAAUCACACGAUGUAUCAAACAUGUAGGCUUGUAUAGUACAAGAGAAUCACACAAUGAAUCAAACAUACAGGCCUCUGUUAUAAAUUGGAUAACAGGUCAACCGUCUACUAUAAGAGUAGAGCAGCAGUUAAUGUAUUGUACAGCAGUAGCAUGUGUAAUGUAAUGCAGUGUAAUACAGAAGUGUUAACCUUAGCGCCCCCUCUGUGUUGCCAGGCGGUAGUGCAGACAGUGGACAACCUGCUGCGUACAGAGGCUCUGGAGUCAUGGCAGGACAUGAACACUACGGAGCAGGCCCACACCGCCACCAUGCUAUUGGACGUCCUGGAGAAAGGAGCCUUCCUAUUGGCCAACAACAUGUACGGCAACCUCUUCACUGACCGGGCACCCAAUAUUGGUAAGAAACAGGGGGAAAUGGAAGCAGUGGGGUGCAUGCAUGUGUGUGAUUAGUAAUUGUAAUUACUAGCAAUAGUAAUUACAGUAGAUGUGUGGAUAGGUGUAGAGCGGGGCAUGCUCAAUAUCCUGGCAAAGCAGAAUAACUCUAACCCUUUGUUCCCACGUGCCUGUGUGUGUAUCUUAGAUCUGGAGGUGCACGUGUUGAACACAGAAAUGGACCUGCAGGACUUGUCCUUUCCUCAGAACUACGUGAGCGACAGCACCAUCCAGCUCUCUGCCUCCACCAUCAAACAGUACAGCCGCAAUGGUCAGUAACCUUAUCACGGUCAUCACAUCACAGUCAAAUCCUACAGCGCUCCGGUCACUUCAUGACCUGAUAUAUGGGCUCGGGGAUCUCCCGGUCAAUGCGAGUCUAAAGUAAUCUGCAUGCGGUUGACCAAGUUAUUGGUUCAUAAUAACAGGCCAAUCAGAUUAAUAAAAGCGCUGAGACCAUUUCUUCCUUGAUGGUUUCCUAACAGCGCUCCUAAUAGAAUAGCUGGAGAGGCGUGUAAAUGACUAUCACCCACAGCCUGACAGAGCAAUCUCAGCUCUCUCUCUCUCUCCCUCGCUCUGUCUCUCCACCAUCUUAUCCCCCUCUCUCAUCUCUUCUUCCGCUUCAAGCCCCCCCCCCUCCCUCCCUCCAUUCCUCCUCUCGAUCUUGAAUGCUGAGGGAAUGUUCAUCCCUCCACAUAAAUCCCCUCUUUCCCCCGUCAAAUAACUUCAUCUUCUACCCAUACACUCUCCUCCUCCACCCUUCCUUCCCCUUUCUGUCAGCGCUCGGCUCUGCAGUGGGAAUGAGAUUAGAAUGAUUGAAACAAAUGCACAUGAAAAAUUCAUAUGGAAUAAUAGGAGAUCUGUGAAUGGUGAGGAUGCAUGGUAAUUCCAUGACGCUACAACAAUUAGGAAGGUGCAGUAAGGUUGCCACCAAGUCACAAAUGAACGGUGUUACAAUUAAGCUAGUAGAAUGUAGAUACGAGAAGUCGAGAGAGACUCGAGAGAGAGGGAGAGUGCACGGUCAGACGAUAGAGAUAGAGAGAGAAUCAGCAGAGAUCGAGUAGCGUUCGAUAGUCGCCUACUCGAUCUUCGUAGGCUCUAUAGAUCUCUCUUCAUUCACGUCAUCCACUCUCUAUCUUCUAAUCUCUCUUCUCUUCUCAUCUCUCUCUCUCUCUCUCUCUCUCUCUCUCUCUCUCUCUCUCUCUCUCUCUCUCUCUCUCUCUCUCUCUCUCUCUCUCUCUCUCUCUCUCUCCCCCUCCAGGCCAAGUCAAGGUAGUGUUUGUUCUCUAUAAGAACCUGGGCUCCUUCCUGUCUACGGAGAACGCCACGGUGAAGAUGGAGCUGGAGGCGGCACCGGGGGAGCGAGGCUUGGCGGUCAACUCCCACAUCAUCGCCGCCUCCAUCAAUAAAGAGUCCAGCAGAGUGUUCCUCACUGAGCCGGUGGUGUUCACACUCAAACACUUACAGGUAAACACUUACAGAUACAUGUAAUACGCUUACACACUUACAGAUACAUGUAAUAAACUUACAUACUUACAGAUACAUGGAAUUCGCUUAGAUACUUACAGAUACAUGGAAUAUGCUUACAUACUUACAGAUACAUGGAAUAUGCUUACAUACUUACAGAUACAUGGAAUACACUUACAUACUUACAGAUACAUGGAAUACACAGCUCAUAAUAAUGUCCGGAACGUAGCAGAUGGAAUUGCAUCAAACACAUGAAAACCAUGUGUUUGAUGUAUUUGAUACUAUUACAUUAAUUCCACUCCAGCUAUUACAAUGAGCCAGUCCUCCCCAAUUAAGGUGCCACCAACCUCCUGUGACUCACACACAUACAGUCCCAUACACACAAUACACUCCCAUACACACAAUACACUCCCAUACACACAAUGCACUCCCAUACACACAAUACACUCCCAUAUACACAAUGCACUCCCAUACACACAAUACACUCCCAUACACACAAUACACUCCCAUACACACAAUACACUCCCAUACUCACAAUACACUCCCAUAUACAUAAUGCACUCCCAUACACACAAUACACUCCCAGAUACACAAUACACUCCCAUACACACAAUACACUCCCAUACACACAAUCACUCCCAUACACACAAUACACUCCAUACUACACAAUACACCCCAAUACAAAUACACUCACAUACCACAAACACCCAUGCACUCCAUACACACAAUACACUCCCAUAGACAAUACACUCCCAAAUACACACUACACUCACAUACACACAAUACACUCCCAUACACACAAUACACUCCAAUAUACACAAUACACUCACAUACAAAUUACACUCACAUACACUUGCAUAAACAUAAAUGUACAUUGACAUAAUGUACACAUACAGGAGGUUAAACACUACACCACACACUGUACUGUAGUAGACAAACAAGGCCAUUCACAUACUGUAUACACUGAGAACAUCCAACACUACGUCCCCUACACUGUACACACUGUGCUGUAACUGUACACAUGCAUUACAAUAUAUUUCACCUCUCACCUUUUCUCUCCCACAUAUUUGCCAACUGUCUAUAUAUGCUGUAUUUUCUUUCCCUGCCAUCUGCUUGUACUGUAUAUGAAGAUGUUUAAAUGGAUAGCAGCACUUUAUGUUUCUUAUUUAUGUGUGUGUGUUAUUAUAAAGCCUGCGACAGAACCAUUUACCUUGGGUCUCAAGAAAGUUAAUUCAAUUAUCUCCACCCUCUCUCUAUCCCCCCCCCCCCCCCCCCCCCCUCUCUAUCUCUAUCUCUCUCUCGCUCUCUCUCUACCUCUAUCUCUAUCUCUCUCUCUCUAUCUCUAUCUCGCUCUCUCUCUAUCUCUAUCUCUCUCUCUCUAUCUCUAUCUCUCUCUCUCUCUCUCUAUCUCUCUCUCCCUCCAGUUGGAGAACCACUACAGUCCUAACUGUUCGUUCUGGAACUACUCGGAGCGGUCGAUGACAGGCCAGUGGUCGUCUCAGGGCUGUAGACUGCUGGACACCAACAGCACACACACCACCUGCUCCUGUUCCCACCUCACCAACUUUGCUGUGCUCAUGGCCCACCACCAGCCUGAUGUAGGUCCAGUGGAUAUUACACACGUCCAAAAAUGGAUGUAGCAACUGCCCCUUUAAACUAAAUAAAAACAAUUAAAGUGGAUGUGAAAACUAACUGAAACUAAACUGAAUUUGAAAACAAAUUCUUAAAACUAAUAGAUAUAAAAAUGUAUAUAAAAACACAAAACUAUAAUAACCUUGGCACACACACACACACGUACACACAAACACACACACACACACACUUACUCAAACUACUCUCCUUCAAUCUCUCUCUCUCUUUAUUUCUCCCUCCCACUCACUCUCACUUACAAAUUCAUGUCCUGCAACUCCGACUGACAUUUACUUGAAUUUGAAUGUCAUGUAUUUUUUCAGGAUGUCUCGUCUCCUUGUCUCUACAUUUUAGCUGAAUGUGAAAACAUUUACAAAUAUAAAACUCUCUCUCUCACUCUCACCCUGUCCCUCCUUGUCUUUCUCCUUGUCUCCCAUCGUUCCUACCUCCCAUCCCUUUCCUCCCUAUAUCUCUCUCCCCCACCCAACCCCUCUUCCUCCCUCUCCACCCCCACCAUUCCUCUCUCCACAGUACCCGGGGAGGAUGCAUGAGUUGAUCCUGUUUGUGAUCACCUGGGUGGGCAUAGUGAUCAGCCUGGUGUGCCUGGCUAUCUGCAUUUCUACCUUCUGCUUCCUGCGGGGCCUGCAGACCGACCGCAACACCAUCCACAAGAACCUCUGCAUCAACCUCUUCAUCGCAGAGCUCCUCUUCCUUAUCGGCAUCGACAAGACCCAGUACCACGUGAGUAGGGGAGAGGAGAGGGACAGAGGGACAUGUAUCCUGGUCCCAGAUCUGUUUUUGCUGUCUUGUUAAGUCAUAAAGACAUUGUCACAUGGCAUGUGAAAGAACUGAUCUGGGGCCAAGCUAGGGGGCAAGUGCCUCGUACAUGGAACACCUAAUACAGGACAGAGAGACAUGUGCCUCGUACAUGGAACACCAUUAGACAGACUAGAGGGGAAGUACUUUUCAUUAUGGACCAUGAAAAUGUAAAGGUCCUCCAUUAUGGGUCUUGAAUGACCAUAUGCUGUCCUUUUCUGGAUCUUACUCACCUUCCUUUGUUAUUUUCCCUUUGUCUUUCACUCCUUUUCACCCCUCUAUUUUAAAACUCUCUCUCUUUGUUUUCUUUCACUCUUUACUCUCCCUCUCGUUCUUUCUCUCUCUCACUCCCUGACCUCCCUCUGUCUCCCUCUCCUUUUUCCUUCUCUCUCUGUCUCUCAGAUUGCCUGUCCGAUCUUUGCUGGGCUGCUUCACUUCUUCUUCCUGGCUGCAUUCUCCUGGAUGUGUCUGGAGGGGGUGCAGCUCUAUCUGUUGCUGGUGGAGGUGUUUGAGAGCGAGUACUCCCGCAAGAAGUACUACUACCUGUGUGGCUACUGCUUCCCAGCUCUGGUGGUGGGCAUCUCGGCAGCUAUAGACUACCGGAGCUAUGGGACCAAGAAAGCGUACGUGUGAAGCAGUCCCUUUUCACCUGCAGAUUGAGAGACAGGAUUAUACUAGUUUAGACUGCCUAGACUAUUCCCCUAACUGGGAAUGUAAUAUGGAGUGUAGUGUGAAGAGGAUUGUUGUCUUCCCCCCCAUGGACAACGGUUUUGAACAGAGUUAGCCAAAGUCUGCUGAUUAGCUUCUAUAAGAUAUCCUCAGAGACAGGGGAUUUGUGUUUGUGAUGUGUGUGUGUGCGUGCGUGUGUGCGCGCGUUUGAAUGUGUAUUUGAAGGGUAUAACUGAAUAUUUUCCUAUGUCCCAUGUGUAGGUGCUGGUUGCGGGUGGAUAACUACUUCAUUUGGAGCUUCAUUGGCCCUGUGUCUUUUGUUAUUAUGGUACAGUCAUUCAUUAUGAUGCUAUUAUGACCAACUAUAUUACAGUACUUGUCAUUCAAGCUACUUACUUAUUUACUUAAAAAAUUAAGACCGGAGUGUGUUCUAGGAUUCCAGUGAGGGUGUUGUAGAGGUGUGUAACCGUUGACCUCCCCCCCCCCCCCCCCCAGCUGAACCUGGUGUUCCUCAUGAUCACUGUGCACAAGAUGACCCGCAACUCCUCCGCCCUCAAACCUGACUCCAGUCGCCUCGACAACAUCAAGUGAGUCCCUCUCAGCAGAGGUUAGGAGUCAGUGAAGCCUCACAGGUCAUGUGAUCAGGGCAUUGGCUGUAUCAGUGAGACAUGGAUUGGAAAUGGGAAAUAAUGAAGGUAAUGCAGAAUAAUGUUUGUCAUAUUGUCCAGACUGGUCUCAUAGACUAGAAGUAACAUAGUAAAUCUAAAUCCGGGACACUUAAAUUAGUAUGAUAUGUUACAUUUGGUAUGGUUACAUAAGACAGAAGGUUACUUAGGUAGGGUGGUUGGUCGGGGUUGAUGGGUGGACAAAUAACACAAAUGUCUAGCAACCCAAAGGUUGCAUAUUUGAAUCUCAUCAUGGACAACUUGAGCUAAUUAGCAACUUUACAACUAGUUACUACUUUUUUAGCUACAUUGCAACUACUUAGCAUGUUAGCUUACCCUUCCCCUAUCCCUAACUGUAACCCUUUUAACUAAACCUAACCUUAACCCUUUAACCUAACUCCUAUCCUUAACCAUAACCAUAACCCCUAACCUCAAAGCUAGCUAACGUUAGCGUUAGCCACCUAGCUAACGUUAGCAACAACAAAUUGGAAUUCGUAACAUAUCACAUGUUUUGCAAUGAUGGAGAUCCACAAAUGAAACCAUACGAAACGUAACAUAUCAUACUAAAUUCAGUGUCUCGGAUUUACGUACAGUAUAAUACGAAAUGCUCUGAGACCACGUUAUAUUGUCAUAACAAUGAGUCAUUUUCAAAACAGAUAUUCCUGGUAGUAGGUUCAAAGCCGGUACAGAUGAGAUAUAUGCACCUUAAGGUAAAACAGCCAUGCUGGGUAGCGGGUUAGCUUCGGUCUGUGUGAGUGGUUUCAUUGUGAUGCUAAGCUAACGUUAGCAUGCACUCUCCUCCCAGGUCGUGGGCUAUUGGGGCCAUCGCCCUGCUCUUCCUGCUAGGUCUGACCUGGUCCUUCGGCCUCCUAUUCAUCAACGAGAACACGGUCAUCAUGGCCUACCUCUUCACCACCUUCAACGCCUUCCAGGGCAUGUUCAUCUUCAUCUUCCACUGCGCCUUGCAGAAAAAGGUAACUCAAACGCUCACAUGUCUAAAAGUGACCUUUUCUAUUGAGUAAACUAAGCAUAACAUUUUAAAUAGACAUGAUGGAAUAUAAUGACAAUCUGCAGCCUGAUUUAUGUUGUUACUUUCCCUUAUUAAUGCCUGUGAGAAGGAGGUGAUUAUUUAACCUAAUUUUAAUUAAACAGGGUAAUUAUACAUGGUACAUCACUAGGUGCACUAUUCAGAGCUCUGUCUAUUUGAAAUGUUAAUUUGCUCAGAGCAUGUGUGUCUUUGCGUGAUGAAAAUCUUGCCCUAAAAGGUCUGAGUCCAUAAAUUCAGAAUGAGUGCGAUAUGUGUGUGUGUGUGCAUGCAGGCGUGCGUGCGUGCUUGUGUAUAUUAGUAAUGCGCGUGUUGACUCAUAACCCGCAGUCCCCACGGUUAUAUCUGCAGGGUGGGUGGGUUUAGGGUCAUGAAAUAUUGUGUGGCUGAAGGGCUGGUGGGUGGCGGGCAGGUUGAAUAAAGAGAAACAGUACCUUAAAAAUUCCAUAAAUGUAUAAUUAUUGUGUAAUUUAUAUUUAUAGGCUACAUUGAGGAUUUUCUUUAAUUGUUUUAGGCUAUCUGGCAUUAGUGUGUAAGCCUUAGGGCCUACCUGUACAUGCAUCUAUAGCCUACAUGCCAAUCGCCAAAUGCUUUUGGGAACGGGUAGAAAAAGUUCACUUCGAUCCACGGAGGCAAAAAGAACAAUGUCGGAGUUAAUUCAGUAAGAGAAAAGCUGCGAAAUGGAGAGUUGAAAAUAAAGAGAAGGGAGGGCCAGAAAAGUCAUGUUUGGGAAAGAUUUGAAGUGGUAAAAGAGGAUGAUAGCAGUGCCGGCUAUGUUAUGUGUGAUGCGGCAGGUAGCUUAGUGGGUAAGAGUGUUGUGCCAGUAGCCGAAAGGUCGCUGGUUCUAAUCCCCGAGCCGACUAGGUGAAAAGUCUGUCGAUGUGCCCUUAAGCAAGGCACUUAACCCUAAAUGCUCCUGUAAGUCGCUCUGGAUAAGAGCGUCUGCUAAAUGACAAAAAAAAAAUAAAAAAAAAAAAUGCUUGUGAGGCGCUAUACAAAUUCGACAGUCAUAAGACGAGUGUGCAAAACUGUCAUCAAGGCAAAGGGUGGCUAUUUGAAGAAUCUCAAAAAUAAAAUAUAUUUUAAUUUGUUUAACACUUUUCUGGUUACUACAUGAUUCCAUGUGUUAUUUCAUAGUUUUGAUGUCUUCACUAUUAUUCUACAAUGUAAAAAAUAAAGAAAAACCCUUGAAUGAGUAGGUGUGUCCAAACUUUGGACUGGUAAUGUAUAAUGACAGAAGAGAAGAUGUAUGUAUCUAAUUAUAGACAAGAUGACUAACUAACAGCCUACCAAAUGUCGGAAAAUAUAAGCAGAAACAUAUCUAAAUCAAGCAACAACAAAAAGUCCUGCACCCCCUGUCAAAAAAUUGUUCUGCCAUCUCUGACUGUAGCCUACAGCGCAUUUUCUAUAUUAGCGGAUUAGGGUCCGGUGCAGAUUUUCACUUUAUCACAGUCGGGCGGUUGUGGAUGGGUUUUUAGCAAUUUUGGGCAGGUGCGGGUGAAAAUCAAAUCAAAUUGUAUUGGCCACAUGCGCCGAAUACAACAGGUGCAGACAUUACAGUGAAAUGCUUACUUACAGCCCUUAACCAACAGUGCAUUUAUUUUUAAUAAAAAAGUAAAAUAAAACAACAACAAAAAAGAGUUGAGAAAAAAAGAGCAGAAGUAAAAUAAAAUAACAGUAGGGAGGCUAUAUAUACAGGGGGGUACCGGUGCAGAGUCAAUGUGCGGGGGCACCGGCUAGUUGAGGUAGUUGAAGUAAUAUGUACAUGUGGGUAGAGUUAAAGUGACUAUGCAUAAAUCAUUAACAGAGUAGCAGCAGCGUAAAAAUAUGGGGUGGGGGGGGGGGCAGUGCAAAUAGUCCGGGUAGCCAUGAUUAGCUGUUCAGGAGUCUUAUGGCUUGGGGGUAGAAGCUGUUGAGAAGUCUUUUGGACCUAGACUUGGCACUCCGGUACCGCUUGCCGUGCGGUAGCAGAGAGAACAGUCUAUGACUAGGGUGGCUGGAGUCUUUGACAAUUUUGAGGGCCUUCCUCUGACACCGCCUGGUAUAGAGGUCCUGGAUGGCAGGAAGCUUGGCCCCAGUGAUGUACCCUCUGUAGUGCUUUGCGGUCGGAGGCCAAGCAGUUGCCAUACCAGGCGGUGAUGCAACCAGUCAGGAUGCAAUCGAUGGUGCAGCUGUAGAAUUUUUUGAGGAUCUGAGGACCCAUGCCGAAUCUUUUCAGUCUCCUGAGGGGGAAUAGGCUUUGUCGUGCCCUCUUCACGACUGUCUUGGUGUGUUUGGACCAUGAUAGUUCGUUGGUGAUGUGGACACCAAGGAACUUGAAGCUCUCAACCUGUUCCACUACAGCCCCGUCGAUGAGAAUGGGGGCGUGCUCAGUCCUCUUUUUUUCCCCUGUAGUCCACAAUCAUCUCCUUUGUCUUGGUCACGUUGAGGGAGAGGUUGUUAUCCUGGCACCACACGGCCAGGUCUCUGACCUCCUCCCUAUAGGCUGUCUCAUCAUUGUCGGUGAUCAGGCCUACCACUGUUGUGUCGUCGGCAAACUUAAUGAUGGUGUUGGAGUCGUGCCUGGCCAUGCAGUCAUGGGUGAACAGGGAGUACAGGAGGGGACUGAGCACGCACCCCUGAGGGGCCCCCGUGUUGAGGAUCAGCGUGGCAGAUGUGUUGUUACCUACCCUUACCACCUGGGGGCGGCCCGUCAGGAAGUCCAGGAUCCAGUUGCAGAGGGAGGUGUUUAGUCCCAGGAUCCUUAGCUUAGUGAUGAGCUUUGAGGGCACUAUGGUGUUGAAUGCUGAGCUGUAGUCAAUGAAUAGCAUUCUCACGUAGGUGUUCCUCUUGUCCAGGUGGGAAAGGGCAGUGUGGAGUGCAAUAGAGAUUGCAUCAUCUGUGGAUCUGUUGGGGCGGUAUGCAAAUUGGAGUGGGUCUAGGGUUUCUGGGAUAAUGCUGUUGAUGUGAGCCAUGACCAGCCUUUCAAAGCACUUCAUGGCUACAGACGUCAGUGCUACGGGUCGGUAGUCAUUUAGGCAGGUUAUCUUAGUGUCCUUGGGCACGGGGACUAUGGUGGUCUGUUUGAAACAUGUUGGUAUUACAGACUCAGUCAGGGACAUGUUGAAAAUGUCAGUGAAGACAUUUGCCAGUUGGUCAGCACAUGCUCGGAGUACACGUCCUGGUAAUCCGUCUGGCCCUGCGGCCUUGUGAAUGUUGACCUGCUUAAAAGUCUUACUCACAUCGGCUACGGAGAGCGUGAUCACAUAGUCAUCCAGAACAGCUGGUGCUCUCAUGCAUGCUUCGGUGUUGCUUGCCUCGAAGCGAGCAUAGAAGUGGUUUAGCUCGUCUGGUAGGCUUGUGUCACUGGGAAGCUCGCGGCUGUGCUUCCCUUUGUAGUCUGUAAUAGUUUUCAAGCCCUGCCACAUCCGACGAGCGUCAGAGCCGGUGUAGUACGAUUCAAUCUUAGUCCUGUAUUGACUCUUUGCCUGUUUGAUGGUUCGUCAGAGGGCAUAGCAGGAUUUCUUAUAAGCGUCCGGGUUAGAGUCCCGCUCCUUGAAAGCGGCAGCUCUACCCUUUAGCUCAGUGCGGAUGUUUCCUGUAAUCCAUGGCUUCUGGUUGGGGUAUGUACGUACGGUCACUGUGGGGACGACAUCAUUGAUGCACUUAUUGAUGAAGCCAGUGACUGAUGUGGUGUACUCCUCAAUGCUAUCUGAAGAAUCCCGGAACAUGUUCCAGUCUGUGCUAGCAAAACAGUCCUGUAGCUUAGCAUCUGCGUCAUCUGACCACUUUUUUAUUAACCGAGUCACUGGUGCUUCCUGCUUUAGUUUUUGCUUAUAAGCAGGAAUCAGGAGGAUAGAGUUAUGGUCAGAUUUGCCAAAUGGAGGGCGAGGGAGAGCUUUGUAUGCGUCUCUGUGUGUGGAGUAAAGGUGGUCUAGAGUUAUUUUUUCCUCUGGUAGCACAUUUAACAUGCUGGUAGAAAUUAGGUAGAACGGAUUUAAGUUUCCCUGCAUUAAAGUUCCCGGCCACUAGGAGCGCUGCCUCUGGAUGAGCGUUUUCCUGUUGACUUAUGGCCUUAUACAGCUCAUUCAGCUGACUCGCGCUUACUAGUGUGUAUGUAUGCGUGUCUACUGCUUACAUGCGUGUGUCUAACCCAUGUUUGCCCUCUCUCUCCAUUCAGGUCCAUAAGGAGUACAGUAAGUGUCUGCGUCACUCAUACUGCUGCAGCCGUACCUCCACCACCAGCUCCCACGGCUCCCUGAAGAACUCUGCCCUGCGUGCCAACAACCGCUACUACACUGGUAGCCAGGCCCGCCAUGCUGCCGCACACAGACAGGUCAGUGAAUGGCUAUCACACACACCACACAGACAACACACACACACCACACACACAACACACACACACCACACACACAACACACACACACCACACACACGUGCAUGCAUGCAUGCAUGCACAGACUCUAAGGGACCACAUGCUUACAUGGGUACACCCACAGACCACAUCAUGCCAUACACAAACUCACAGAUUACGGGUACACGCACCAAUCUACAAAGUGUAGGCCUAUCCCAUACUUAAUUAUUUUUGACAACACUCCAAACACACACACACAAGCUAUGUUGACACACCAGCUAUCACACGCUUCACAAAUCUAAUCAGAAACCUUCAUCUCUAUUGGAUCAGACUCCAAUUAUUGUUUACCACGUCUCAAUCUGAUGUUGUUUGCCUGUGUGCAUUAACUUGUUUAUGUUAGUAUGCCUCACAGAGUUACAGUAUCAUAUCAUAUUGUUUAUUCCUGUCUGUAUGUCUGUCUGUCUGUCUGUCUGUCUGUCUGUCUGUCUGUCUGUCUGUCUGUCUGUCUGUCUGUCUGUCUGUCUGUCUGUCUGUCUGUCUGUCUGUCUGUCUGUCUUGUUUUUCUUCACUGUGUGCUUCUCUUCUCCGGCGUUCCAGAGUCGGAUCCGCAGGAUGUGGAAUGACACGGUUCGGAAGCAGACGGAAUCUUCCUUCAUGGCGGGAGACAUCAACAGUACUCCUUCACUCAACCGUGGUGAGACCCCCCCACCACCUUAACCCCUCUCUAACCCCCCUGCUGUCUCCCUCUCCAAUCACGCACACCUCUAUGGCAGGCUCAUCAGGACAGACAGACAGACAGACAGACAGACAGACAGACAGACAGACAGACAGACAGACAGACAGACAGACAGACAGACAGACAGAAUGAAGUAGGAGCACCGCUGAGUCUACUGUCAGAGAGAGAGAGUAAGGAAGAGGUGCCAGUGUACAUUGACACAAGCAAUAGCCUGAGCAGACGGUGGCAUACCAUCGCCGUGGCAGCCAUCGUCAUGGGGAUCAGAAUUAUCUGGGAGGGAGGGAGGGAGGGAGGGAGGGAGGGGAGAGUUGAUGAUGACAAAGAGGUAGUCGCUAAAUCAACCGUCACUCUUUAUGUUAAUUUCAUCAAUUUUGUUUUAAUGAACUGAUUAGCGUACGAGCUGGCUGGGGGUAAUUAGUCUUAUUGAGGAGAGUGACAGGAACGGUGAGGGAGGGGGUGCGAGGAGAGGAGGAGAGUAAUAGGAGAGGAGGGGAGGGGAAGGAGAUUUGCUUUCCUGGGACUGACAUCAUGGAGGAAAAAGUAUACACUGAGUAUACCAAACAUUAGAAACACCUUCCUAAUAUUGACUCUUCAAGGUGUUGAAAGCAUUCCACAGGAAUGAUGGCCCAUGUUGACUCCUAUGCUUCCCACUAUUGUGUCAAGUUGGCUGGAUGUCCUUUGGGUGGUGGACCAUUCUUAAUAAACACGGGAAACUGUUGAGCGUGAAAAACCCAGCAGCGUUGUAGUUCUUGACACAAACUGCUGCGCCUUGCACCUACUACCAUACCCCGUUAAAAGGCACUUAAAUAUUUUGUCUUGCCCGUUCACCCUCUGAAUGGCAUACAUACACUAUCCAUGUAUCAAUUGUCUGAAGGCUUAAAAGUCCUUCUUUAACCUGUCUCCUCCCCUUCAUCUACACUGAUUGAAGUGGAUUUAACAGGUGACAUCAAUAAGCUUUCACCUGGAUUCACCUGGUCAGUCUAUGUCAUGGAAAGAUCAGGUGUUCUUAAUGUUUUGUAUACUCAGGAAGAAGGGAUGAAGAGAGGAGAAGGGAUAGGUGAAGGACGGAUAGAGGAGGGAUAGAGCUAGAGGGAGAAACACAAAACAAAGGCACUGCCAAGUGAAGUCCUUUCUUUUCCCGAGCGUUUGAGAAAAGUUUGUCAUUGUUGGCAGAAAGCGAAAGAUGGCAGCUCCAUUCGAGAGACAGAGAGAAAGAACGAGAGAGUGAGAAAUAAAGAGAAGGAGAGACGCUAUCAUGGAGCAAUAAUUAAAUGGGACGAAUCUCGGCGAGAGCCGCAGUCUUCGUUGUUAUCGCUGGCAUCUCUUAUCUCUUUGAUUUCCCCACUUAACUUCUUUAUCAACUUGUUUCUCUUCAGACAAUAGUGAUCUGUCCAGGAGACAAGGCGUGAUGAGGCUUCCUCCUCUCUGAAUGAAGCUCCCCAGCUUCCUCAUGCCUGCCCUACUUUCUCUCUCCAACACUUAAAAGUUGUUGUUUUUAAAUUGUUGACAGGAUAUUCCUCCGAGGUGUUUCUGGACAGCUAAUCCUGAGUAAUUUGGUGUUUGUGUGGAGAGAGACAGGGAUGAGGGAGAGAGAGAGAGAGAGAGAGAGAGAGAGAGGGAAUAAAAGAGUGACUGUGUGCGUGAGGUAGAGAGCAAGAGAAAGAGCAGGAAAGUAAGAAUUGGAGAGUGAGUGAAUGAGGGAGUUGAUGGGUGAAUGAACGAACAAAGAAAUGAAUGAAUGUGAGUGUUUUAGUGUGAAAUUCUCUCUGUGAAUUUCUCUCUUUCUCAUUGUCUCUGUGAUAGAUGGUUUGGUUGAGACCUGAUGGUUGCACUUCGCCAUAGACCACUCUCCGUCAUGCUGUCCUAUUUUUAAUUUCAUGGCAUUUCUAUUCGACCGCCUGGGGCUGAAGCCAUACAUGGGCAUUAUAGAACAUUCUCAAUGUUCCAUUUCUUUGAAUUAUAUUUGUCUAAAGGUGGCAUUCGCAUUUCACUGUGAAAUGAACUGUGUUUCAAUGACUGCACCCUCUGACUACGUAAUGAUAUGCAUUAGUAUUCCCCCUUCAACGACGUUGGAAGAUACAGAACAAUAUUCCAAAUGGCAACGCUGCCUACAAACAGCACCUUUCCACUGAAAAUGUAUUUUACUCAAAGGUUACAAUAGCAAGGUAUAAACAUUCAGGGGUGUACUGUGAAAUGCAUUACCCUGUAAAACAUUACUGUGACAUAAAUAUCCCUAUCGAUUUGAAUAUGAAUGUAACAUAUUUUUGAAUAAACUGUAAAUGGCCUGUAUUACUAUGUAUAAUGUUUAUUAUGUAUUAUAUUUAUGUAUUUUAAUUAUAUUGUCUAUUAUAGUUUUGUAUUAUCAUAUCAAAUGUUGUUAAUAUACCAAAACAAACCUAACAAGAUGUUCAUGGUAAAGUAGAUGUUUAUGAUAAAGUGGAUGUUUAUGGUAAAGUGGAUGUUUAUGGCAAAGUAGAUGUUUAUGGUAAAGUAGAUGUUUAUGAUAAAGUUAAUGUUUAUGGUAAAGUCGAUGUUUAUGGUAAAGUAGAUGUUUAUGGUAAAGUCGAUGUUUAUGGUAAAGUCGAUGUUUAUGGUAAAGUCGAUGUUUAUGGUAGAGUCGAUGUUUAUGGUAAAGUAGAUGUUUAUGGUAAAGUCGAUGUUUAUGGUAAAGUCGAUGUUUAUGGUAAAGUCGAUGUUUAUGGUAAAGUAGAUGUUUAUGGUAAAGUAGAUGUUUAUGUUUUAUGAUGUUGUCUCCUCUUAGCCACCAUGGGAAACCACCUCCUGACCAACCCAGUGUUACAGACCCGUACCGGCACCUCUCCUUACAACACCCUGCUGGCUGAGAGCUUCACUCCCCCUUCUCCUGGGGUCUUCAACUCCACCGGUAAGUAAACCUCAGUGUGUUUGUGUGUGUGUGUGUGUGUGUGUGUGUGUGGUGUGUACGUGUACGUGUGUAUGUGCGUAGUGCGUGUGUGAACAUAUAUUUUCUUAUUUUUUGCAUAUAAAUAUUUUUCUGUUUGUUAGCCUUUUUCUGCCUCAUUGUGUGUGGAGGUAGGAAAGAGUGUGUGUGUUUCACUGGUGGUGAGUCUAUGUAUCUGUCAGACGGAUUCAGCAGUAGAGAGAGAGAGAGACGUGCCUAUUGCCUAGCCAUCUGGCCAGGUCUCUAAUCCUGCCUUGUUGAUAUGAAGAAGCAGAAAUGGAUUAGAAGUAAAGCUUCAUCUGUGACUGAAGGAGAAAUCUUGGGGACAGCUUCCCUUCUCAGACUCUCCCCGGAUUAUAUGUGUUAUAUACAGUUGUAAUGCUGUAAUAAUGCACUGAGAACAGCAGCAGACAGCAGUGGCUAGAGUAAUUGGGACAGUGGACUCCAUUCAGAUUCAUUUAUCUGAUUUGUUAGUAGUAGAGCAAUCUAGAAUACUCUCAUAGUACUGUAGGUCUUAAGUAGUAGAGCUAUCCAGAAUACUCUCAUAGGACUGUAGGUCUUAAGUAGUAGAGCUAUCCAGAAUACUCUCAUAGUACUGUAGGUCUUAAGUAGUAGAGCAAUCUAGAAUACUCUCAUAGUACUGUAGGUCUUAAGUAGAAGAACUAUCCAGAAUACUCUCAUAGUACUGUAGGUCUUAAGUAGUAGACCUAUCCAGAAUACUCUCAUAGUACUGUAGGUCUUAAGUAGUAGACCUAUCCAGAAUACUCUCAUAGUACUGUAGGUCUGAAGUAGUAGAGCUAUCCAGAAUGCUCUCUCUGUCCUCCCUCCUCUCUAUCUCUCCUCUAUCUGUGUGCUCCGUCCCUGACUGAGAGUGAGUGUGCCAGCCAGUAGAGAGUUACUAUAGUAGCAGCCCACUGUGUGUCGUCGUAGAGGCCUGAAAUUGUAGACAGCGUCUCUGUUUAAUAAUUUAAACACUCUCUGCACAAUGCGUCAGGCAGCCUGACGGCCACAGGCUCCGGCUCAGCAGCGGCGGGGACAUUUUUAGAACCCUGAGAGGAGAGGAAGUAGGAAGUGUACUUCAUUAGAAUGUCUAAUUAGCCCUUCCCCCACCACCACCGCCAUAGCAACCGCCGACGAGUCUUGAUUAAAAUCAUACCACGCAUUAAAAAUUAAACCCACACCGAGCCGCAGUCUAACGCGGAUUCUCUUAGGGUAGCCAGGCCUCGCCAUGCCUCUCGUCUUGAUGUGAUCGCUCUGUGAUGGCAAUUUGGGGGUGAAAUCACAACAUCUUUUGGUGUGUUGAAAGGCGCGUCGUAAAAUAAGCAUUACUGCUACUUCAUGAAAUGGUGGUGCAUGCAUUAUGGAUGCACUGAAUCACAGGCUCGCAGACAGCAGAAUAUAUCCCAGUGGAUUCUCUGUGUGUCUGUGUGUGUGUGUGUGUGUGUGUGUGUGUGUGUGUGUGUGUGUGUGUGUGUGUGUGUGUGUGUGUGGUGUAAAUGAUGGUGGAUUAUCAUGUCAAAACUACAAGUUGUGUGUUUGUUUAUGAGGCAGUGUGUGUUUGUGUGCCUGUGUUUUAUUAAUGAUUUAUAGAUGAUUUACACUAGUUGACUGACAGGAGGUUCAGUUUUGAAGCCACCGCGCCUCCAUCUUGGCACACACCCACCGUUGUAAUAAAAGUAUUUUGGAAGCUAUAGAAAUGCAUUUAUUAAUGUCUACAUUUGUUUUUGCCACGUGUAUUAUAUUACAGUCACCUUAUUGCAUACUUUUACAUUAUAUUAUGUGAGCUAAACAUAUAUAUAAUUUUUUGUUCUAACAUUACUGUCCCCACUACAACAACAAAAUACUUAAAAAUACAUGUAAUUUUGUCCGUGAAACAUUGAAUUGAAAUACUGGAAAAUUCCAUUCAUUCCUAUGAAGGACUGCUUCAUCUGGGGAGUGCCAAUAUGGCCGACCGGUGGCUUCAAAGCCUCUUACUGGCUAAUACAUUGGUUUGUACAGUGCCUUCGGAAAGUAUUCAGAACCCCUUGACUUUUUUCCACAUUUUGUUAGGUUACAGCCUUAUUCUAAAAUUGAUUAAAUGUUUUUUUUCCCUCAUCAAUCUACACACAAUACCCCAUGAUGACCAACUAAAAUUAGGUUUUUAGAAAUGUUUACAUAACUAUUCAGACACUUUACUCAGUACUUUGUUGAAGCACCUUUGGCAGCGAUUACAGCUUCGAGUCUUCUUGGGUUUGACGCUACAAGCUUGGCACACCUGUAUUUGGGGAGUUCCUCCCAUUAUUCUCUUCAGAUCCUCUCAAGCUCUGUCGGUUUAGAUGGGGAGUGUCGCUGCACAGCUAUUUUCAGGUCUCUCCAGAGAUGUUCGAUCAGGUUCAAGUCCGGGCUCUGGCUGGCAAGGACAUUCAGAGACUUGUCCCGAAGCCACUCCUGCGUUGUCUUGGCUGUGUGCUUAGGGUCGUUGUCCUUUUGAAAGGUGAACCUUCGCCCCAGUCUGAGGUCCUGAGCGCUCUGGAGCAGGUUUUCAUCAAUGAUCUCUCUGUACUUUGCUCCAUUCAUCUUUGCCUCGAUCCUGACUAGUCUCCCAGUCCCUGCCGCUGAAAAACAUCCCCCCAGCAUGAUGCUGCCAUCACCAUGCUUCACCAUAGGGAUGGUGCUAGGUUUCCUCCAGACGUGACGCUUGGCAUUCAGGCCAAAGAGUUCAAUCUUGGUUUCAUCAGACCAGAGAAUCUUGUUUCUCAUGGUCUGAGAGUCAUUAGGUGCCUUUUGGCAAACUCCAAUUGGGCUGUCAUGUGCCUUUUACUGAGGAGUGGCUUCCAUCUGUCCACUCUACCAUAAAGGCCUGAUUGGUGGAGUGCUGCAGAGAUGGUUGUCCUUCUGGAAGGUUCUCCCAUCUCCACAGAGGAACUCUAGAGCUCUGUCAGAGUGACCAUUGGGUUGUUGGUCACCUCCCUGGCAAAGGCCCUUCUCCCCAAUUGCUCAGUUUGGCCAGGCGGCCAGCUCUAGGAAGAGUCUUGGUGGUUCAAAACUUCUUCCAUUUAAGAAUGAUGGAGGCCACUGUGUUCUUGGGGACCUACAAUGCUGCAGAACUUUGUUGGUACCCUUCCCCAGAUCUGUGCCUCAACACAAUCCUACAGACAAUUCCUUCGACCUCAUGGCUUGGUUUUUGCUCUGACAUGCACUGUCAACUGUGGGACCUUAUAUAGACAGGUGUGUGCUUUUCCAAAACAUGUCAAAUCAAUUGAAUUUACCACAGGUGGAUUCCAAUCAAGUUGUAGAAACAUCUCAAGGAUGAUCAAUGGAAACAGGAUGCACCUGAGCUCAAUUUUCGAGUCUCAUAGCAAAGGGUCUUAAUACUUAUGUAAAUAAGGUAUUUCAGUUGUUCAGUUUCAGUUGCAAAAUGUGGAAAACGUCAAGGGGUCUGAAUACUUUCCGAAGGCACUGUAUACUUGUUUGAGUGGUUUGUUUCUUGUUUGAUGAUGUGUUCUCUUGUUAGUCUUUAUCAUAGCAAUAAAAGCUAUUGCUUGUAGAGAGAGGGGGUGAGAGAGGGAGAGCAAAAUAGAUCGACAGAGAGAAAGAGAGUGAUGAAAGAGGUGGAGUGAAAGUGACUCACUCACCAGUAUUUUUCAUUCCCUUCUUUGUGGCUUCUCCAUGGAUCUACAGGAACCUUCCGUGACCCAAGUAUGUCCACGUCUAUAAACCUUAAUGUUACUAUCAGUGUGUAUUAUAGUGUUUGCUGUAGAUACUACACAAAUAUUACAUUUUCUCCAAAUAAUGUAAUGUUUAAGUCAUAAUUCUAUUUAAUAACUCCUAUGUGUUGUGUGUACUGUGUGUUUGUCCAGAGAAUACUCUGUGUAAGGCCCGUGACCCGUGUGGUAUGGACACCCUGCCCCUCAAUGGUAACUUCAACAACAGCUACUCCCUCCGCAGCGUGGGGCCGGGGGGCGGCGGCGGGGGCAGCUGUGACUUCCUGGGCGGGGGCAUGGGGGGUGCAGACAGCCCCCCUCCACUCCUCAACCCCCGCGGAUCUGAGACCCUGGGUGGGGACGGAAUACGGCGCAACCUGUCUGACGCGGCUGCCUUCGAGAAGAUGAUCAUAUCUGAGCUGGUCCACAACAACCUGCGUGGGGGAGGAGCUGGGGGCGGGGAUAGGGUCUGUGGUAGUCUCGCAAGGGGCCCUCCUCACGGCGGAGUGGGCCGAGGCGGGGGAGUAGCUGUGCCAGAGCCGAGCAUCAGCCUGGACGACAAUGAGGACUUCCUGUCCAGAGAAGGCGGGCGCCAGCGGACGCCGCAGGACGUGGAGCUGCUCUACAAAGCCCUGGAGGAGCCGCUGCUGCUGCAGAGAGCCCAGUCUGUCCUGUACCAGUCUGACCCCGAGGAGUCAGAGAGCUAUACGGCUGACCUCACAGAGAGCCUGGGCCACAGCGGCCACAGUGGGCACAGCGCCGGAGGCCAGGGGUCUGGGGGACAGGGGCCUGACUCGCCCUGCCAGGGACUCCCUGUACACCAGCAUCACCAACCUGCGAGACUCGCCCUACCCAGACAGCAGCCCCGAGCCCCUGGAGGUGGUGCCCCGCUCGGCCCAGCCCCCUGAGGAGCUCUAUUACAGCUCUGGGAGGCCCGCCCUGGGGUCUCGAGGAGCCCCCAUGCAGACCUUCUACCAGGCCCCGCCCCCCAGGAGGCCCAGUAGGGAGGGGGAGGGGCACCCCGGCCAGGAGCCCGCCCACAGCGAGGGAGAUGGACAGAUGCAGCUGGUCACCAGC